GUGUCGGCGGUACGGCAUCUGUGUGAAUGAGUGCAAAAAAUAUAGCGCUAAUAGUUGCUAAAUAAGAGCGACGACGCAAGUUGAGAAAUUCCGCGGCAGCGUCGUUGUUUACAAUCUUGUCGAGUUGUUUGAUACUUCUUCUCCAACGUACUCCAGUUUCAGAUCCACCGCGCAAUGUGUACGGCCUCGCGGCAGUACGAUCCACUCGACCCGAAUAAACCGCUACACAAGUGCGACAUUUAUCGCCAACCGGCGGCGGGAAAUAUUCUCAAACAACUUAUGGAGCGCGGCGCAUCUGAACCGUGGCAACAGGUACUGCAGGAGGUAAUCGGCGAGGGCCGGCUGGACGGGACGGCACUGCGGGAGUACUUCAGACCCCUGGAAGAGUGGCUGCGAAACGAGAAUCUCCGUACGAACGAAUUCGUCGGCUGGAUCUACGAUGGGGACUAUUGUAAGCACAGCAUCGAAACGGCCAACCUGCAGGUCUUUGGUGGUUUCUACAAUGCGGGAGUACGGCUGCAGCUGAAUGCAGCGGUGAUGAUUGCAGCGUAUCUGUUCGUGCAAACAUAUUUGUAUCAGUGGCGGGUGAUUUGAUCUUGUGAAAAGUGGCAUUUUCUUUGAGUUAAGUAGAUUUCUAGCCGUGUGUAAGUUAGUGCUCACAGUGAAUAUUUUUAGGCUUACGUUGAAUUAAAUUAGCUUGUUGAUUCGUUGCAUAUUCAGAAAUUGUUUCAUUCUUUGCUUUGCUUAAAUCGACAAGUCAUCGUCAUCAGGUUAUAGCUGGAUAGAUU